CAACUUUUCAAGGAGAUUACCCACUUUGUCAGAAGCACCUGGCCAAGCUCAAAUUAUUUGUACAGGCGUAGCCUCAAGUAAUUUUGACGAAAUAAGUAAAACAUACAUAAGAAAAUGACAAGUCUCAAGUUUUCUGUGGUUUUAAUUUUUGCAAUUUCGAUUGUAUCCACUGCGCCACCCCCAGAACGGAAAUGCCGCACGGUGUGGACCGACCUUAAUAAACUCGAGUUACGGCAGAUCGGAGUCUGUACCAAAGAACUGGGAUGGAAGGGUGGGAGAGAAAAGACGCAAAAAUCAACGUGCACCAUGAAAUGCGUUUUGACAAAGGAAGGCUUAAUUCAGGAGGAUGGUCACUUAUCCAUCACGAACUACAACUCUUAUCUUCUCGACCACUUUCCCCCAUCCCUUGUGGAAAGAUCCAACGAGACAUUUUUCCCCUGCUUUGAACUCUUUGAAGGGACAAACAUUGGAGUGGAUCCAGACUGCAAGGAAUACGAGCCUUUUACGAAAUGUCUUACGAAACGAUUUGCCGAUUUAUGCAAAGGUCUUCCAUGAGGGAAUUGGACUAUUUUUACUUGACACUGAUGCAUCUUCACCCAUUUCAAAAUAUGUUUGUUUCGUAGACGAUUAACAUUGCUAAAAAACAAAAAAAUACUUGAAAGCUUUACCUUUUAAAAUUAGUUAUUCGUCUUGUGAAUGAACUUUAUUAAUAAAUGUGUUAUCAAA